AAAACAACCAGGAAAAAAAAAAUCUCAUGGCAAAUAUCCACCAGGAAAACGAAGAAAUGGAGCAGCCCAUGCAGAAUGGAGAGGAAGACCGCCCUUUGGGAGGGGGAGAAGGACACCAACCUGCAGGAAAUAAUAGACGGGGACAGGCUCGCCGACUUGCUCCUAAUUUCCGAUGGGCCAUACCCAAUAGGCAGGUCAAUGAUGGGAUGGGUGGAGAUGGAGAUGAUAUGGAAAUGUUCAUGGAGGAGAUGAGAGAAAUCAGGAGAAAACUUAGGGAGCUGCAGUUGAGGAAUUGUCUGCGUAUCCUGAUGGGGGAGCUUUCUAAUCACCAUGACCAUCAUGAUGAAUUUUGCCUUAUGCCUUGAUUCCUGCCAUUUUCCAUGAGAUUAAUACUGUGAUUCAGCACCGUUUUCUUUUUCCUUGCAUUUUCCUGAUACCUUUACUGAUCCGUUUGCUGUGAACCUUAUGUAAUUUCCGUGUGUCAGGUGGAUUCUGUGUUACCAGAUUCCAGUUGAAGAUUGCCUUGGCACCCAGUCUAAGUUUCUGUCAACAGUAGAGUUACCCAAUUGCAUGAAAAAGUGUCAAGUUAAUAAAGCAAUUAAAAAGCAA